AUAUAUAAAUAUUUUGAAAAAUUUAACUGAAUGUUAAAGGAAUCAGAGGAAAUCAUUAAAAGGCGCAAACUGUCGUUAACGGCAGAUACUGCUUUAUACGAAGAAUUAAAUCAUCACAACACAGCCACCAUUUUACCACCUGGUACACCACCCACUCCUUUGGCUAAGACCAUGGCUUUGGAAACAGAAUCAUCAGAAGCUUUAGCUUUAACUACCACCACCUCGGCUACAGCACCCAUUUCAACACCAAAUAUGAUGACCCAUAAAAAUACCAGUUCAACAGCUUUACACUCGCUCAGCGCCAACAGUAUGGUCAAUACAUUAUUGGCCAAUAAUGUGACCACCAGACCGGCUGCCUCCAUACCUGACCACUACAGCUUAAGAUGGAAUAAUCAUCAGAAUCAUUUGAUGCAUGCUUUCGAUGCUUUGCUGCAGACCAAAACAUUGGUGGAUGUUACACUCGUCUGUGCUGAGACUAGUAUACGGGCCCACAAAAUGGUCUUGUCGGCCUGUUCGCCCUUCUUUCAGCGCGUUUUUGCCGAUACCCCUUGCAAACAUCCGGUUAUAGUGCUCAAAGAUUUUCGUGGCUGGGUAGUGCAAGCAAUCAUAGACUUUAUGUAUCGCGGAGAGAUUAGUGUACCCCAGGAGAAACUACACACCUUAAUAGAUGCCGGUGAAUCAUUGCAAGUCCGGGGUUUGGUGGAAAGUUCCAUACCCGCUCACACACCCACUCCAGCUGCUUCACCCGAUGACUUUGGCCUGAUCGAUACCUCUUUGUUGUCUUCGGAAUUGGAGAGAUGUUCCAGUUUCGAUGAAGAAUCCCCCUCCAUGGUAACGUCCGGCUCAAAAAUAAUUUUACCUUCGCGAUUAUUUGGUUCUUCAUACAGACGUGACAAAGAGCAACGCAAGCGGGAAAGAGAGCGUGAUCUGGAUCAUGAGUUGGAAAGUGAUCAGGAAAUGUUAAAUGAUUCUCUAAGUCACAAUGACUUGUGUACAUCUCCCAUGCCCCGCAGAAAACAAGCCAGACCCAGAAGGAGAUCUGGAGAAUUAACCCAUGACAUGAUCAGCAAACCUACGACACCCAUACCACAAGAUUGCAACGAGCAACCCGAAGAUCUUUGUAAAGAUUCUAGUGUACAGGAAAUCAAAGAAAAUACACCUCCGCCAGCAAUUGAAAACCCCAGCGAAGAUCCUUUGAAAACUGUGAUUAAGUCCGAACUAGCCGAACCCAUGGAGGAUGAUGAGGAGCAAGUGGGCGAACGUGAUAGUGGCAAUGAUAGUCAUGAGCAGCCAGAAGAUCUUAUUGUCAAUGAUAAGUCAUUGGAUAAUAAUUCAAACUUUGAGCAUAAUAACUCCCAACCAGCGGUUUUGAACUCUACAGAAGACCUGGAAGAAGAGGAGGGAGAUCGUGAGGAAGAGCCCGAAGAGGAGGAGGAAGAGGAAGAAGAUAUAGAACAGCUGAUACAUCAUACCAAUGAGCUGAAUAGAAGACGCAAAUCUGCCUUGUCCAUGAACUCAGAUGGUCCCGAGGAUUUGUGCACCACCAAGAAAGACAACGAUACCAGCGGUCAUCAUUCGGCCUCCGACAAUGAAGACUCCUCCAACAAUAACAAUAGCACAAAAUUGAACAACAACAAUCGCAUAGUAUUGUCCUUAAAGGAUAUACGUCAAUUGAAUAAACCCUCCUCCUCCUCCACACCCAACUCCUCCUCCAACAGCAUGAAUCCUUUUUCCACGGCCAGCCUCAGAGACUUGAGAUUAGAUCGAGAACGGGCCAUGGAAGCACAAUGCAAAAUCGAAGUUUUAGAAGCUCAAAUGCAGGCAGCCGCUGAAGCAGCAGCCGCCGCGGCUGCUAGAGGUGAAAAUCCCUUUCAGCAUAUGGAACAUCAAAUGGAUUUGUCAUUAGCUGCCGCUGCAGCAGCAGCCGCCGUCUCCCACCAGCACUCAAGGGAAAGAGAUCAGGCUUUUAAGAGAGAACAGCGGGAAAUGCAACAACAUAGUGCAUAUGCCAACAGUAUUUUGGGACAAAUGGGUAUGCCAGGCAUGCCUCCAUUUGGCCCCGGUAGCGGAGUACCCUCUGGACCAGGAGGACCCUCGGCUCAUGAACGUUUGGAAGAGUCUAUGAAUCGUUUAAGCAAAGAAUUUACACCUACUUCACCCAUGAGCCUGCCACCACACUACAAUCCUCAAGAUGGGCCACCACAUCCACCCUCGCCGCUACCCUUUCCCGGUAUGUCUUCAUUGGCGCUAACUCCGCCGCACAUGUUUGGCUUAGACUCACCAUUGGGCUUAUUUCCACCUGGCAUAGAUCCUGGCAAACUAUAUAAUCCUUUGAUGGAAAUGUCAGAUCCUAGAGGUAUGCCAGGUGAUGCGCCGCCCUUUCUCAAAAAGAAAAUGCCUAGACCAAAAGGUCAACAUUCUGCACCCAGAGGUGGACCACCACGUUCCUGGACAAAUGCCGAACUAACAGAGGCCUUACAGCAUGUGUGGAAUAAGAAAAUGACCACCUCACAGGCAUCACGCAUCUUUGGCAUACCCUACAACUCGUUGUUAAUGUAUGUGCGCGGCAAGUAUGGCAAAUCUUUGAAACUGGAGCAAUUGCGCAAAGAUUGCAUAAGUGGCCCUCCUUUGGAGAUGCUGCAAAUGGGCAUAAGCUCUAGUUCGGGUAAAAACUCGGGUGAAUCGAAAGAGCAAAGAGAGGCACGCAAGGAGGCACAACGCAAUGCCUCACAACAUCAACCCAACGAUAUGGAUUUGGGAGGGCCUCAUGCCGGCCCAGGACCCAGACCCUCAAGCUCAGAACCGGAUUUAUUAGGCGGACCUAAUAAUCUGUUCAAUCCCUUUAAUCCCCAAGGCUUUUAUCCCGACUUUCCAGGCGGUUUUCCCGGCUUACCCUUGAGCAUGUUAAACUUAUUGCCACCCUCGGAAAGACAACAUGCAGCCGCAGCAGCCGCCGCCAUGCAUCACUCUAUGGGCUUGGAUGAGGACUGUAAAUCGGAUCGCUCCAAACAAUCCUCCAAUAUGGAUGAUGAAUUCUCGCUGAGUCGUGAAGAACGCCGUCACUCGGAUUUAAUGAACAAUUCCUCCACACCCUCCGCUUCGUCGCAACAAAAUGGCUCGGUGCAAGAUUGAAAUUUAUGGCGGGAUUGGGCUAAUAACCCAUUAUUAUUCCCGCCGCCACCACCUCCGCACCACGAUAACAAUGGUUAUGAUUUACCUUUACCCCCGGGAGCUACACACCAGCAUCAUCCUCAUCAUCAUCACCAUACAUCAGCAACACAUCAUCUGCCUUUGCCACAACACCCUGAAACAGAUG